UCUGGCCGAAACUUGGCGGCGAGCGCCGGGUGACUCCGCGCAGAGCCGAGCCGCGGCGCACCACGUCCGGCAGUGUCCGCUCCUUGCUCGCUCGCGGCGGCGACUUCUGCCUGCGCUCCGGUCCGGCUCCGAGAAGACGUCGACCAUGAAGACUCCGUGGAAGGUUCUCUUGGGACUGCUGGGAGCUGCUGCGCUUGUCACCAUCAUCACCGUACCGGUGGUUCUGCUGAACAAAGAUGAAGCUACAACUGACAGCCGGAGAACUUUCUCUCUAACUGAUUACCUAAAAAAUAAUUUUAGAGUGAAGGCCUACUCUCUGCGGUGGGUUUCAGAUCAUGAAUAUCUCUACAGACAAGACAAUAAUAUCUUGCUAUUCAAUGCUGAGUCUGGAAACAGCUCUGUUUUCUUGGAGAACAGUACCUUUGAAAGCUUUGGAUAUUCUAUAAGUGACUAUUCCAUAUCUCCUGAUGGACUAUUCAUUCUCUUAGAAUACAACUAUGUGAAGCAAUGGAGGCAUUCCUACACAGCUUCAUAUGAUAUUUAUGACUUAAACAAAAGGCAACUGAUUACAGAAGAGAAAAUUCCAAACAAUACACAGUGGAUCACAUGGUCACAAGAUGGUCAUAAAUUGGCAUAUGUUUGGAACAAUGACAUUUAUGUUAAAAUUGAACCAAAUUUACCAAGUCACAGGAUUACAUGGACAGGAAAUGAAGAUAUAAUAUAUAAUGGAAUAACUGACUGGGUUUAUGAAGAGGAAGUCUUCGGUGCCUACUCUGCUCUGUGGUGGUCUCCAAACAGCACUUUUUUAGCAUAUGCCCAAUUUAACGACACAGGCGUCCCACUUAUUGAAUACUCCUUCUACUCUGAUGAGUCACUGCAGUACCCAAAGACAGUGUGGAUUCCCUAUCCAAAGGCAGGAGCUGUGAAUCCAACUGUAAAGUUCUUUAUUGUAAACACAGAGUCUCUCAGCUCAACUUCCCCUGUGAAUUCUAUUCAAAUCUCAGCUCCUGACUCAGUGUUGAUGGGAGAUCACUACUUAUGUGAUGUGACCUGGGCCACACCAGAAAGAAUAUCUUUGCAGUGGCUCAGGAGAAUUCAGAACUACUCUGUCAUGGAGAUCUGUGAUUAUAACAAGUCCAAUCUAACGUGGAAUUGCCCAUCGGCUCAGCAGCAUGUUGAGAUGAGCACCACAGGCUGGGUUGGCAGAUUUAGGCCUGCAGAGCCUCACUUCACCUCUGAUGGGAAUAGCUUCUAUAAGAUCAUCAGCAACGCAGACGGCUACAGACACAUUUGCCAGUUCCAAAAAGAUAAUAAACCCAACCAGGACUGUACAUUUAUUACAAAAGGAGCCUGGGAAGUCAUUGGAAUAGAAGCUCUGACCAGUGAUUAUCUGUACUACAUUAGUAAUGAAUAUAAGGGAAUGCCAGGAGGAAGAAAUCUUUACAGAAUCCAACUUAAUGACCACACAAAAGUGAAGUGCCUCAGCUGUGACUGGAACCCGGAAAGGUGUCAGUAUAAUUCUGUGUCAUUUAGCAAACGGGCAAAAUAUUAUCAACUACGGUGUUCAGGCCCUGGUCUGCCCCUCUAUACUCUGCAUCGCAGUGCAGAUGACAAAGAGCUAAGAGUCCUGGAAGACAAUUCAGCUUUGGAUAAAAUGCUGGAGAAUGUUCAAAUGCCUUCAAAAAAAUUGGAUUUCAUUAUGUUGAAUGAAACAAAAUUUUGGUAUCAAAUGAUCUUGCCUCCCCAUUUUGAUAAAUCCAAGAAAUAUCCUCUCCUUUUAGAAGUAUAUGCAGGCCCCUGUAGUCAAAAAGCAGAUGCUGCAUUCAGACUCAACUGGGCCACUUACCUUGCAAGUACAGAAAAUAUCAUAGUGGCUAGCUUUGAUGGCAGAGGAAGUGGUUACCAGGGAGAUAAGAUCAUGCAUGCAAUCAACAGAAGACUAGGAACCUUUGAAGUUGAAGAUCAAAUUGAAGCAGCCAGACAAUUUUCAAAAAUGGGAUUUGUGGACAGCAAACGAAUUGCAAUUUGGGGCUGGUCAUAUGGAGGGUACGUAACCUCAAUGGUCCUGGGAUCGGGCAGUGGCGUGUUCAAGUGUGGAAUAGCUGUGGCACCUGUGUCACGGUGGGAGUAUUAUGAUUCAGUGUACACAGAACGUUACAUGGGUCUCCCAACUCCGGAAGACAACCUGGACCAUUACAGGAAUUCAACAGUCAUGAGCAGAGCUGAAAAUUUUAAACAAGUUGAGUACCUCCUUAUUCAUGGAACAGCAGAUGAUAACGUUCACUUUCAGCAAUCAGCUCAGAUCUCCAAAGCCCUGGUGGAUGCUGGUGUGGAUUUCCAAGCAAUGUGGUAUACUGAUGAAGACCAUGGGAUUGCUAGCAGCACAGCUCACCAGCAUAUCUAUACUCACAUGAGCCAUUUCAUCAAACAGUGCUUCUCCUUACCAUAGCAUCUCCAAACAGCAUGCCAUUUACAGGUAGUGAAAUAAAAAAAAAUGUUUGUUCUCAUUAUGUAAAAGCUGUACUAUUAAGAUGAUGAUCUUAUAACAGUCAAAUAAAAAAUUUAGGUAAACUUUGCUCCCAAAUUUCAUACCUAUAAUCCUAAGUAAGGAUGUUUGCCUUCUCAACAGAUUAUUACAUAACAGCAAUUUGGAUUUUCCAGUCUGGUGUUGUUUACCAUUUAAAAUCACUUCCACAUCAGUUGCUGAAACAACAAAUAUAAUUUAUUUUUUAUGAGAGCUUUGCAUAGAUUCCCUGAGCAGCAUUUCAUGUUUUGUUUUUUUUUUUCUAAUCAGACUAGUCUAAAUCUUGUUUCCUUAUUUAAGGAAAUGACAAGAUAUGGGCAAUGAUGUCAUCGGGGCAGCAACAAGAAAAGGGGGAAUAGUGAGAGGAGAUCACAGGGCAUGGCUAGGAACUCAAAUCCAAGCAUCCCAGCCCAACCAGGCUACUGUCAGCUCGCCUUGAGAAGAGCUGUUCACUGCCAGACUGGCACAGUUUUCUGAGAAAGACUACUCAAACAGUCUCAGGAAAUCAUAUAUGCAAAGCACUAACUUCUAAGUAAAACCACAGCAGUUGAACAGACUCCAAAGCAAUGCAAGGGAAACUGCCAACAAUCUAAGGCCCCCAGGUGCCAGUUAUGGCUAUAGGUGCUACAAAAACACAGUAAGGGUGAUGGGAAAGCAUUGUAAAUGUGCGUUAAAAAAUUACUGAUGUUUCCUACUGAAAAGAGGCAGACUGGAACAUAUCGGCUUGCUCUGUUAAAAGUUGAAAAUAUUUGUAUCACAAAUUCUAACUUGAAAGAGACUUUGCAUCAGUUUUCUUAUUUCAUUCCUUUGAGCAUCUUAAUUAAAAUAUUUUAACUUCUUUGUAUUUUUAAUGGAAAAUAAGAUAGAAUUUUGUGUAUUAUUAUUCUUAUUCUACAUACUGUGGAAUUUCUCAUGGUCAUUUAAUAAAUGUACUUUCAUUUUUCAGAA